AUGACCUUCAACUUCACAGCCCUGCUCUGUCUUGGACUGACUCUAAGCCUCUGGAUCCCAGUGCUGACAGGGUACCUCCCUAAGCCUAUCCUCAGAGUACAGCCAGAUCCUGUGGUCUCAAAGGGAACUAAUGUGACCUUUGUUUAUGAAGAAUCAUUAGAGUCAAAUGGAUACCUACAGAGUAGAGUUCCAAAGAACCAUCAAAGGCCAGCAAACAAGACUGAAUUCUUAUUCUCAAAUGUAGGCCAGCAAAAUGCAGGGCAAUAUCAAUGUUCCUACAGGACUCAGGGUAAAUCAUCAGACUACAGUGAGCCCCUAGUGCUAGUGAUCACAGGAGCCUACUGGAAACCCAGGCUUUCAGCCCAGCCCGACCCUGUGGUGACCUCAGGAGGGUAUGUCACCCUCAAAUGUGAGUCCUCCGAGCGAUAUCACAGGUUCAUUCUUACUGUGGAAGGACCACAGAUGUUCUACUCAUGGCAGGACUCAAAGUAUAACUACUCUACUGGGAAGUUCCAGGCCCUGUUCCCUGUGGGUCCUUUGACCUCCAACCAGAGAUGGAUAUUCAGAUGCCACAGCUUUGAAACAAACACACCACAAGUAAAGUCAGAUCCUAGUGAACCACUGGAGCUCCUGGUGUCAGGGAAACUCCAAAAACCAACCAUCAAGGCUGAACCAGGCUCUGUGAUCCGCUCUGGAAAGGCCAUAACCAUAUGGUGUCAGGGGGACCUGGAUGCAAAAAUAUAUUUUCUGCAUAAGGAGGGAAGCCACAAUACACAGAGCACACAGACCCUACAACAGCCUGGGAACAAGGCCAAGUUCUUCAUCCUUCCUGUGACACAAGUCCAUGCAGGGCAAUAUCGCUGUUACUGUUACAGCUCAGCUGGUUGGUCAGAGCCCAGUGACACCCUAGAGAUGGUGGUGACAGGAAUCCACUACUAUGCAGUCAGGCUGUCAGGACUGCCCAGCCCUGUGGUGCCAGAGGGAGGGAACGUGACACUUCACUGUACCUCACACCACAACUAUGAUAAAUUCAUUCUCACCAAGGAAGAUCAGAAGUUCACCAACUCACUAGACACAGAGUAUAUAUCUUCUACUGGACAAUAUCAAGCACUGUUUGUUAUGGGACCCAUGACCCCAAACUACUCAGGGACAUUCAGAUGUUAUGGUUACUACAAGCGUAAACCACAGUUGUGGUCAGUACCCAGUGAGCUCCUAAAAAUACUCAUCUCAGGACCAUCAGGGAAGCCCUCUCUGCUAAGUCAUCAAGGCCAUAUACUGGAACAUGGAAUGAGCCUCACACUGCAGUGUUACUCUGACACCAAGUAUGACAAAUUUGCUCUGUACAAAGAAGGGGGAGCUGACAUCAUGGAAUCCUUUAGCCAGUGGACCAAGACUGGCAUCUCCAUAGCCAACUUCACACUGGACUAUGUGAUACACUCCGAUGGAGGCCAAUACAGAUGCUAUGGUUCACACAACCUCUCCUCUGAAUUGUCAGCCUCCAGUGACCCCCUGGACAUCCUGAUCACAGGACAGAUUUAUGACACACCUUCCCUCUCAGUGAAGCCUAACUCCACAGUACACUCAGGAGAGAAUGUGACCCUGAUGUGUUGGUCAAUGUACCCUGUGGACAUUUUCAUUCUGUCCAAGGAGGGAUCAGGCCAGCCACCCCUUCGACUAAAAUCAAAGUUCCAAGAUCAGCAGUACCAGUCAGAAUUCUCCAUGAGUGCUGUGACAUCCAAGCUCUCAGGCACCUACAGGUGCUAUGGCUCUCACAACUCAUCUCUCUACCUGUUGUCAUUUGCCAGUGCCCCUGCGGAGCUCAUAGUCUCAGGACCCAUCAAAACCUCCGACCUGCCACCCACAAUGUCCAUACCACCAGAUGGACUGCAAAGGUACCUGAAGGCUCUGAUCGGAGUGUCCAUGGCCUUCCUCCUGUUCCUCUUCAUCCUCAUCUUCAUUCUUCUCAGACGAAGACAUCAGGAAAAAUUCAGGAAGGAUGGUGAGGACGCCCAGAAAGGGAAAGAAUUACAACUUUCUACAGGAGCUGCAGAGCCAGUAACCAGGGACAAAGGCUACCAGAAGAGGUCAAACCCAGCUGCUGCCACCCAGGAAGAAAGCCUUUAUGCUUCAGUGGAGGACAUGGAAACUGAGGAUGGUGUGGAACUGGACACUUGGAAACCACCUGAGGGAGAUCCCCAAGGAGAGACAUACGCCCAAGUAAAACCCUCCAGGCUCAGGAGGGCGGGAGCUAUCUCACCUGUCGUAUCAAGGGAGCAGCUGAACACAAAAUAUGAACAAGCAGAAGAGGGCCAAGAGGUGGACAGUCAGGCUACUGAAUCCGAAGAGCCCCAGGAUGUGACCUAUGCCCAGCUGUGCAGCAGGACACUCAGGCAGGGGACAGCUGCACCUCCUCUCUCCCAGGCAGGGGAAGCCCCAGAGGAGCCCAGUGUAUAUGCUGCUCUAGCGACUGCUCGCCCAGGAGCUGUUCCCAAGGACAAGGAGCAGUGACCCUCUGCCUGCCAGGAUGCCUACCAGAGACCUCCAAGAAACUCUUGGAACUUUUGGAAACCUGACUGCACUAAGUAACAUAACCAUUUGGAAAUAAAGGCAGAUAUUUCUCAAUAA